UAUCUAUUCAUGUAGAUAUGGUAAACCCCUGUACUCAAAAACCCUCUUUUCAUUGAACACACUCUGCAAAUUCCAAACCAACAACAAUGGUUCUCUUCCAAUGCCAUGCCCCUCACCAGAGCAUGGCCAUUCUCUCUCCCUUCAAUUCCAAACCCCUUUGUGCUUCUCUACCAAACCCUUCUUUCACAGCUCACCACCACCCUUAUCCUCUCUCCACAACCACUCACCUCAACAACAAUAAGCCUCUUUCACUCUCUACAGCACCCAGAAAGUUGCUCUGCAAGCCACCCCAAGGGAAAUAUAUCAGGGAUGACUAUCUUGUGAAAAAGUUGUCAGCUGAGGAAAUCCAGGAGCUGGUGAAGGGAGAAAGAAAAGUUCCUCUAAUUAUAGAUUUCUAUGCAACUUGGUGUGGACCUUGCAUCUUAAUGGCUCAAGAACUUGAAAUGCUUGCAGUUGAGUACCAAAACAAGGCAGUCUUUGUUAAGGUUGAUACUGAUGACGAGUAUGAAUUUUCACGCGACAUGCAGGUUCGAGGGUUGCCAACUGUGUUCUUUAUCAGCCCUGAUCCAAGCAAAGAUGCUAUACGAACUGAGGGACUUAUACCAAUACAGAUGAUGAGGGACAUCAUUGACAAGGAUAUGUGAAACAGCAAAGGGUUAUGAUCAGCUGACACAGUUUCUGUUCCUGGAUCCUGCAAUAUGCUGUCUGGUGCAAUGGCAUCAUAUCUUGGACAGAAUUGAAGUGCUAACCGAUUCAUAUGAUUUUGGCUCUUGAAGGGUUAUAAAAUUGCAUGAUAUUUAUGUGUAAGCUUUGACCACGACAAUGCUCUGUAGUCUGCCACAUGUGAUGUCAAAUGGAAGGACAUUGCAUCAUGUAACACAAUCAUUCAUCAAAAUAUAAAAUAUGGUAUUUAAAGGGACAAUCUACAUGCUUCAAAUU